GUAAUGGAUGCUUGAUAGUCUGAAGGAUCUGCUCCUGUGUAUCUACUAUUCUUUGUUCUUUGAAUGCCCUCCAUUUGCCUGGAUGGGUACAGCACUAACAAUAUUCAAGCUCAAUGCCAUGUCAAAUAAAGCAGCCCUCAAAUUGCUGGCAAUCGCUAUCUUAAAGUGUACUCCUGUACCAGCGCAUAGUGGCAGCAGUGUGUGCAACCUUGAAUCUACUUUAACAGAAUCUCCUGAAGCUGAAAAUGCUUGUAUCCAGGUCAGCAAGAACGUGUGGACCUGUAAAUGUUCAGAGCAGAACAUUGCUAGUAUUUUAUAGAAAAACCAACUGCUGAGUUCAACCUUUGUGACCUUACUUCCUUACCAUGACUAUCCACUCAGCUGGAAAUCAGCUUGUCAGAAUCUUAAGACUGUGCAGCUUUUUCUCCCAUAGAUGUGUGUUAACUGGUGUUCGAAGCCAUGUGACUUGCAUCCAAACAUACAGGUUUGCACCAGUGAGGAGACAAAAUGGCUUUCUCUACUGUCUAGGAAAUUGUUUGGAUUUAAAAUCAGACCGAUUCCAUUCAUCUGAAAAGACAGAAUAUCACAUUCCUGCAGCAGUAAUAGAAAGAGAGCCAGAAGAUGGGAAUAUCUACAGCAGCGAGAUUAAUGGUGUAUCUCGUCCUUCUGAUGGUCAUUUAUCAAAAAGGGCAAUCAUACAAAAUCUGGAGCCUCUUGAAGAGGAAUUUGUUACUGAACAGAAAAACCUUUCAUCAGCUGAAAGGAUAAAACCUUUGGAAAAAUUCUUUGACAGGCUUCAGAUGUGCACCUCCCCCAGCGAUGUGCUAGACCUAUAUAAAGAAUCCACAAUGACCUGGAAACAGGUCAGCAAUUGCCUGAUGACCAUGUGGAAGACUACCAAAAAGAUGUCAGAGGAUCAAAAGCGAUAUGAGCAGAAGCUGAUGUUUGAGCAUCCUGUCUUUGAGAAGAUCUGCCAGCAGACACUAAAGGAAGCUCAGUUAAUGAGUUGCAGUGACUUGUCAUAUAGUCUCUUCGCCUUGGUAAAGAUUGGAGUGUCGCAGAAUAGCCGGCUCAUUCAUACCCUGCUGAGAGUGAUCCAGGAGCGUCUGAAUGAAUUUGAUGAGAGGUCUCUCUCAGUGCUGUCUAGUUGUGUGAAGAACAUGGAAGACAACAAGAGUGUAAAUGCAUUGCGAGUAGGCCUGAGGCUUCUUGUAGAGCUACGCAUUCCAGUGAUCAAGAGAGUGAUGGCCCUGCAGACCAUGAUGAGAUGUAUUGGUCAAGACGCCCCACUGCCUCUUAAGAAAAAGCUGGAAAACAAAGCAAUCUCUUUGCUGAAUGAGUUCACCCUUCCCAAUUGUCAAUACAUGUUCGUCACUUUGGCAGCCAUGGACCACCGGUCACUUCCACUCCUAGAGACCUGCAGCAACAGGAUUAUUGAGAAUAUCCACAGCAUCCCGUUUUGGCGUCUUGUGCACAUUUUGCAGUCGUGCAAGGAUCUCCAGUACCGCAGCCCCGCUCUACUGAGUGCUAUUGGCAACCAUGUGGCAGCCAGCCUGGCGAUCUGGCAGGUUAAACAGCUAAUUCUGUUCCUAGUGCUGUUUUCGGAGCUCGGCUUUCGCCAUAUCGAGUUGAUGAAUGCAUUUGCACAAAUUAUACUGGCAAAGUCUGAAUCCCUAACUUUGAAGGAUGUGCUGUCAGUGCUUCGUGUGUAUUCCUUCCUGAACCAUCGACCAGAUGAGGGUUGGAUCAAGCAAUUCCUACAGACUUUAAGUGAUGUGUUUGAGUUGUAUUUGUCGAAGUGCUCUUCGCAGGAUCUUCUCCGUGGUGUUUAUUCUUUGUGUCUGAUGCGCCACUAUCCCCAGGUUGCUCUGAACCAACUGUUCCAGGAUGACGUUCUAAAUGAACUUUGCUCAUCAGCCAGUGCCUACUGUGAAGUGAACGAGCAGAUGCUUCAGUGCAUCAAUCUGUGCUUGGAGUUAGAAAAUCCAUCCUUCAUCAGGCCGCCGGUAAAUACCACAGUUGUCAAUCCCUCAUUGUCCAGUCAUUCGGUAAAUGCAGAGCUGCAGAAAACAAUGGACACCAUUUUGGGCGACAGCAGCCUGUACCAGCAGGGCUUGAUGUUGAAAAACUUCCUUUUUAUAGAUUAUGUGAUUGCUUUAGACCAAAAGAGUAAGAAUGUGGUCCCCAUUCCUCAGGAUGAUGAGAUUGGCAGUGACAGUGACAGUGACAUACAGCGAGUGGCUGUGCUUUGUGCUCCAGUAUCUGCCUUUUGCUUUGGCACGUCUCACCCCAAAGACAGGUUGGCAAUGAAGAUUCGACAUCUCAAGGUGCUCGGGUACCAUGUGGUAUUGGUCUCAGAACACGAGUUCGGGAAGCUAUCUGAAGACGAACGAGUUGGGUUCCUGAAGAAUGCCAUCUUCACUGAAUGAGUGGGUGGUGAGAAUCAGUGCCACUAGCAUCGAGGGAACAAAACAAAGGAAUUGAUUGCUCCUGGAGGCUCUGCUCCUUUCAACUGGUCUGUGCUGCUAUUGCGCCUGCGAGAACAGAUAUUCCAAAAUUGAACUAAAUUGUUGCUUAUCCUGAAACUGUGGAUUCGCAUUGAUCUCCAGUUCAGACCGAAAUGUGAAGGGAUAUACUCCACUUACUUUUAUAAUCAUGUGUGAGACAGAUUUAGUGAAUCAGCUGAACUUCUUUUUGGUGAGAUAGUAAAUUUCAUCUGGGAGCAUAGCAUCACGUGGUCUGUAGAACACUGCACUGCACAGAAUCCUUUUGAUCGUAACACUUUUUAUGUUGCUGUGUAGAGUAAUGAUAAAGUCUAGUCUGAAGCCACUGUUUGGACCUUGUGUACAUCCAAGUGUUAUUAUACUUCACCAGCUGCGUAAAGAUGCUGUUGGUGAUUGAUGUAUUUACAUGAUUGUAAGGACUUGGGAGAAGCAUGUUGCGUUGCUGUUGCAUUUAGCCAAAUUUCAAAUCCCGAAACACCAUCCCAUGCCCAAGAGUCAGCUCUUAAGCCAUGUGUCGAAGAUCGCCAACAUAGUGAGCUUGUCCUCCUUUUGUAGUGUGUCCAGUUCCUUCAAGAAUUUGUCUCUGAUUCUCUCAGGACUACUUGCUGCUGGAGCUUAUGUAUGGACGAUUGUAUUAUGAUCUGAUCACCCCAGUUGUUACAGGAGGUUAACACCAGACUAGUCUGAAUCUCAACAGGAACCUAGCUGGAUAGAUUGUAAUUUUUUUGUAUUUUUAUGACCAAAGUGAUCGUUUACUAUAGUAUAAGCAUGCAAUGUUGCAGUCUUUGUUUUAAAAAAUAAAGCCAAACAAAAGUUAGUUAACAACACAAGUUAAGAGUGCUUUUCAGCAUGGAUUGACAAUGAAAGUCAGAAUCUGGAAAGUUUUCCCCAAUUCCCCUCCAGGUAGUUCCUGAGGAACUCUUGCUUGGGAUUGUAUUGUUUUUAAACAGGGAAUGUUCACGCCAAACACACAGACAAAUGCAUUUGUUCAACUUAAAUCCCAAGAAAACAAACUUGCAAUAAACAAUAUUAAAAUAUAA